CCCGCCCCCGGGCUCGCCCUCGGCCCCCGGCGGCCGCGACAGGGUGCGGGAGACGCGGAGCCGGAGGAGGAGGCGCAGCCGCUGCCCGAGCCGCAGCCGCAGCCGCAGCCGCAGCCGGAGCCCGAGCCGCGGGGCGGGCGCGAAGAUGCACACGACCCAGAAGGACACGACGUACACCAAGAUCUUCGUCGGGGGGCUGCCCUACCACACCACCGACGCCAGCCUGCGCAAGUACUUCGAGGUCUUCGGCGAGAUCGAGGAGGCGGUGGUCAUCACCGACCGGCAGACCGGCAAGUCCCGGGGCUACGGAUUCGUCACCAUGGCUGACCGAGCUGCUGCCGAAAGAGCCUGCAAGGAUCCGAACCCCAUCAUUGAUGGCAGGAAGGCCAAUGUGAACCUGGCAUACUUGGGAGCAAAACCCAGGAUCAUGCAGCCAGGACUUGAAAUGUACCUAUGUGCAAAAGUAGAUCUUGGGGGUCUGGACAAUUUGUACCCAUCCAGACUUAGGCUUGACUCAUCUGGCUCAGGUUUUGCCUUCGGUGUGCAACAACUUCAUCCAGCCCUUAUACAAAGACCUUUCGGGAUCCCCGCCCACUACGUGUACCCGCAGGCGUUCGUGCAGCCCGGCGUGGUCAUCCCGCACGUGCAGCCCGCCGCCGCCGCCGCCGCCUCCACCGCGCCGUACAUCGACUACACCGGCGCCGCCUACGCCCAGUACUCGGCCGCCGCCGCCGCCGCCGCCGCCGCCGCCGCCUACGACCAGUACCCGUACGCCGCCUCGCCCGCCGCCGCCGGCUACGUCACCGCGGGGGGCUACGGCUACGCCGUGCAGCAGCCAAUCACCGCCGCCGCCCCCGGGACGGCCGCCGCCGCCGCCGCCGCCGCGGCCGCCGCCGCCGCCUUCGGCCAGUACCAGCCGCAGCAGCUGCCGACCGAGCGCAUGCAGUAGGCGCCCGGGGCCCGGAGCUGCCGCCGCUGCCGCCCGCCCGCGC